ACCAUCCGCCCAUGUGAAAAAGCUGCUAUCCUCCUGCUUACAAGCUCCUUUUGAAUACUGAAAGGUCACAACGAAGCCCUCCUGGAACCUUCUCCAGGUUGAACACCCCUGGCUCUCAGCCUGCCUUCAUAGCAGAGCUGCUGCGGCCCUCUGAGCAUCCCUGUGUCGUCCUCCAGCUCCAUUACAGCAGCAUUGCAUCCUUUCUGUUCUCAGGGUCCCAGGCCUGGGUUCAGUGCUCCCACCAAACUCCUGUGAUGGUUGCUACAAAGAAGGAGCUGUGCUGCUCAGAGUUUGUUUUCCAGCAGGUGAGAAGGAAAUACCUAGAGAAGGGGCUGGGAUCCAGAUCCAGGUGCGUGGUUUGAGUUAUGCUGGGGAAUGCUCCAACUGGAACCAGAUAAAGCAAAGGUGCAGGGCAGAGAAAGGGCUGCUGCUGCUGCUCGGCUUUAUCCGUCCUGCUGCAAACCGAAGGGCGAAGUACUUCUGCACCGCCGGCAGAGCUCCGUGCCCGCCGCACCGCGGGGCAGCAGCAAACCGGAUUGCGGCAAUGCUCCUCCUCCGGCUUCGGAGGGGUGGGGAGUAGGAACCGGCAUCCUCCCCGCAUCCAUCCCGGCCUCCGCACCGUGGGCACUUCCAUCCCCUCACCCCCCCCAGCCUGCACCCCAUGGGCUGUGCGGUGCCCCCCCGGCCCGUAGUCGCCCACAGCCCGGUAUGGAGCUACUGAGCGGAGCGCUGAAGAAGAGAGCCACGGAGCAGCACUACCGAGCGGAGGUGAUGAUCGCCGGAGAGCAGCUGAGGCUUCGACUACACGAUGGGAAGCUCAUUAAGGACAGGCGUUACCACCUCCGAACUUACCCCAACUGCUUCGUGGCGAAGGAGCUCACGGACUGGCUGAUUGACCACAAGGAAGCCCCAGACCGAGAGACGGGCAUCCGCCUGAUGCAGAAGCUGAUGGACCACUACAUCAUCCACCAUGUUUGUGAUGAGCACUCGGACUACAAGGACGCCAAGCUGCUGUACCGCUUCCGCAAGGACGACGGGACCUUCCCCCUCAGCAAGGAUGUGAAGGUGUUCAUGCGGGGACAGAGCCUUUAUGAGAAGCUGGUGAGCGUGGAGGGCUCCAUCCUGAAGGUGAGGGAGGAGAACUCAGUGAAAUAUCAGCGGGCGUUCCUGGGCUGCGAGAUGGUGGAGUGGCUGGUGCAGGAGGGAGAAGCAGAGAGCCGGAGGGAAGCAGUGGAGCUGGGCCAGGCGCUGCUGGAGCACGGGAUCAUUCAGCACGUCUCCAACAGGCACCACUUCCUGGACACUGACAUCCUUUACCAAUUCUGGAUCAAUUUCCGACGGCGGCGGCGUCUCACCGAGCUGCUCAGUGAGAAUUCCUCCCGUGCUCUGUCCGAGAGCCCCGACAGCCCCUUCUGCCUCCGCAAGCUCAACCCAGAGCCAGGCAACACCAGCUUUCUCUCUGUCCAACCCAACAAGGAGAUCAAAGUUGUCUCAGCUGUUCGGAGGAGCAGCAUCACUUCCCUUGCUGGAAACUCCAACCCUUACUUCAGCAUUACUCCCACGUUGGUUUUCCCACCUGUGGCUGAGUGCAACCCCAAAUCAGUGUUAAAGAGACCUGUCACCAAUGAAGAGCUCCUGUCCCCUGGGGCCCCCUACGUCAAGAAGACACUAACUAUUGUGGGGGAUGCUGUGGGCUGGGGCUUUGUGGUUCGAGGAGGCAGACCGUGCCACAUCCAGGCCGUGGACCCAGGAGGACCCGCUGCUGCUGCAGGCAUGAAGGUGUGCCAGUUUGUUUUCUCAGUGAAUGGCAUGUACGUUUUGCAUCUGGACUAUCAGACCAUCAGCAGCCUCAUCAUGACAGGACCACGGACUCUCGUCAUGGAAGUCAUGGAGGCCAUUGAAUGAAUGGAGGAGCCUCAUCCCACCACUGCAUGGAAGAGCAGGGCACUGUGAAGUAGGGAUGGACUGUGGGCAGGGACCAAGUUCAACCUUUCACUCUGAAAUGUUGUUAGUCAGUCAUUUUAACAUUUUCAAAUAAACACGUUCUAAUGGACGACUCUUGGA